AUGAUUUUCGAGGAGCAACGGUUUAUCCACGAGGACCUUGAGCGCCUAGAGCAGGCGAUUGCCGACCGCGUUGCCGAAGAGCCUCGUAAUAUUCGGGAUCGCUUGGCUCGCGAUCAUGAAGUCGCACAUUUCUUAAAGCGUAUAGAAGACCAGUCCAAGAGGUUGCUCGACAUCUACAAGGAUGCAGACGGCGCGCGUGAGAAGGAAAUCCAAACCAUCUCAACCGGCGAUCAAUUCGAGGAGUUCUACAAGCAACUGGAUGAGAUCAAGGACUUCCAUAAGCGCUACCCUAAUGAGCCAGUGGAAAACCUUGAACGGGCUUAUAAGCGUCGUCAGCCCGGAGAGGGUGAAGUAACGGGCAUGGAGAUCGACAAUCUAUUCACCGGUGAAGAGGGUUAUGGACAGUUUCUGGACCUCACAACACUGCACGAAGACUACCUCAAUUUGCCUGGGGUCAAACGGCUCUCAUAUGUGCAAUACCUCGACAUAUUCGAUGCGUUUACUCCUCCGCAACUUCCGAUUAAGCGAAACAACAAACUUUCCGAUCGGUAUUUCAAGUAUGUCGGCGAACUUGCAAACUACUUGGAAAGCUUCAUCAAGAAAGUGAAGCCGUUACAAGAUCUGGACAAACUUUUUGCUAGCUUUGAUGAGGAGUUCGAGAAGCAAUGGACGGCGAAUCAGGUACCUGGUUGGACGGAGGAGGUUGCUGAAAAUGGUAACCAAGGUCCGAAGACCGAGGGCUCCGGAGAAGGCAUCUGGUGUGCUGACUGCGAGAGGGAAUUCAAGAAUGAGAAUGUCUAUAAGAAUCACUUGACAGGCAAAAAGCACAUCCGGGCCGCUGAAGCUCGCAAAGCUGCCGGGGAUACUGGCGCGAAACCGGCAGCCCCUGCGACGAACGGCGCAUCAUCCGUGGCUCAUCGUCUUAAGGAACGUGCAGUCGCAGAGAGGGAACAUCGGGUGCGUUCUCUGACGCAGGUACUGCAGCCCGAGCGUGUAGCGACGAGGAUGAACGUGGAGCGGAGACAGGGUAUGACUGAACGGGAGCGCCAAAUGGAACUUGAAGCUCUGCUUAAUGAGUCUGAGAACCCUGGCGGUGAUCGUGCUGGCGAUCAAUCUGACGAGGACGACGAAGACCGAAUCUACAAUCCCCUCAAACUGCCACUUGCUUGGGACGGCAAGCCAAUUCCCUACUGGCUUUACAAGCUGCAUGGCCUGGGGGUAGAGUAUCCUUGCGAGAUCUGCGGUAACUUUGUGUAUAUGGGCCGUCGAGCUUUUGACAAGCAUUUCUCAGAGGCCCUACAUAUCUUUGGUUUGAAGUGUCUUGGUAUCACUUCUAAUACCAACCUUUUCCGUGAAAUCACUCGGAUUGAGGAUGCAAUCAGGCUUUGGGAGAAAUUAGAGCAGGACCGCAAGAAGGAUAGAGAUAAUCGCGACAAUGUGGUACAGAUGGAGGACGCCGAAGGCAAUGUGAUGCCGGAGAGGAUCUACCUUGAGUACGUGCCCCCAACAGUUCCGCGGCCUAAUGGAACCUUUACUAAUGUUUACCAGUCUGCAAAAGCAAGGUAUACUGUAAUCGGCGACCCCCGAUCAGCCUUUCUUCAUGUUCUUUGCAUUGCCUUUCGCUAUAUUUCUUAUUUGAAAAGCCUGGAGUUUGGUGGGUGUCUUUUCUCGAAUUUCCUUACUGCUGCGUGGUCACUGGGAUAG